AUGUCCUGGCAGUCUAGUACCGUCGCGGUCGACCGCGAUUACAAGAAGGACGUGCAGCUGAGCUUCCAGCUGAAUCAUUGGAUACUGAAGCCGCUCGGCGCCUGGCCGCGAUCACCCGGGCUCUCGAGGGCAAAUAGAUCGAUAUACUUGCUGCUGAACAUAAUCUGCGUCAGUCUGGUAUGCUUCCUCGUCAUCCCGUGCGUCAUGUUCAUUGUGCUCGACGCCGAGGACCUGCAGCAUACGGUAGAGAUCUGCGGAGCGGUGAGCUUCUGUCUAAAAGACAUCGUCAAAUACUCCUCGAUAAUCUUCCGCGAGGGCGACAUACGCAAGGGUAUCGAGUACAUCGAGAACGACUGGAUGAAUACGCGGUAUUACGACGACCGGAGCAUCAUGAUUAAAAGCGCCAAGUUCGGCCGGCGCCUCGUGGCGGCCUGCGCCUUCUUCAUGUACGGCAGCGCCGCGUUCUAUUACAUCGCCGUGCCGUUCAGCAAAGGCAAGAUCACGGAACCCGACGGGAACCUGACGUAUCAGCCGCUUAUGUGGCCGGUCGCCAGAAUGAUCAUCGACGUGCGUUACAGCCCCGUCAACGAGAUCUUCUUCUGGCUGCAAUGCGUGUCGGGCUUCGUCGCGCACUCCAUGACGACCGGUGCUUGCAGCCUGGCGGUGGUGUUCGCGAUGCACGCUUACGGCCGUUUGGAGCUUCUGAUACGAUCGAUCGAGCAUCUGAUUGAUGGACGCGAGAAUUCCCGCGGCAACGUGGACGACAGACUGGCGAUGAUCGUGCAGCAGCACGUU